AUGGUCAGACGGCUUCUGACCACGCUCGCAUGCGCAGCCUUUGCUCUCGGCACGACCAUGGCUUCUCCUGCUUCGCGGUCUUCAUCUGACCUCAAGCACGUCUUGCUUCGAGAGUCCGAGGGUUAUCACGAUGAGGUGUACGCAGCUUUCCUCUCCGAUCUCGGAGCAUCUCCAUACAUCAAAACCACCUUCUCGCAGCAUUAUUCGCGCUGGGGCAUGCCCGAGAUCACCAGCUCCUUUCCCUUCAUCAACCCGCUCACUACGCAGGGAUUCAACCACACCAACAGCCGGGAGUUCGAAAUCACGCCUCAGGCCAUCAUCGAAAACAAAGUCGACGCCAUCCUCUCGGUCAGCUGCGAUUACGAUGUGGACAAGCGAACGGCGGAAUGGCAACGUCUCUUCCACGAGACCGAUGUGCAGCUGCUCUGUGUCUACCACGACCCGGGAGGACACUCGGGCCCCGGCAAGUACUACGACAGCUUGACCAAGCUCUGGAUCGACGCGGACCGAAUCACCUUCCUUGUGCUCAGCGAGCACGUCGGCAAAUGGCUUCAAGACGAUAUGACCAAGCGCGGUUCCAAGCCUAUCCACUGGGAAGUCUACAUUCCGGUCUUCGAGCUUCCCCAGGGGAUUCGCACCGAGCGGGCCGAAGACAAGCACAAGAGCUUUGUCAUUCAGGGCAACUUCGAAAGCGGUCGACGCGACUACAAUGCCGUCUUUCAGCGCUUCGGCGAAGGCCUCGCAAGCUUGCCUGCGGGAACGUCCAAGGCUGAAAAGCCCGGGCUGGUGCUGAUCGGUUCCGGGAAACCGCUCAAGAUCCCCGCCAACUUGGCCGACAAUGUCGACAUGCAUAUGAACCUCGAGUAUCCGGCGUUCUACAAGACGUUGGGGCAGUCGAGUGUGUUGCUGCCCGCGUUUGCCUCGCCGCUGUACUUCAUCAAGAAGGCCUCGUCCACCAUCAACGCAGCCAUCAUUGGCGGCACCAUCAUCAUUGGCGAUCAGAAGAUGCUGGACGCGUAUACGUUCCUGGACGAGGAGAUUGUCUUCAAGACGCUGCCAGGAGAGUCCGACGUGCAAGCAGCGAUGCGCUACUUGGCGCUGGACAAGGCGACGCGCAACCGAAAGCUCACCUACAUCCGCGGCUACCGAGCUCGGAUCAUCCAGCAAAACCGCGCUCUGCUCAACGAGCUCGUCAAUCCGGCUGCUGUGGCCGCCGACCAUCACGGCGUGCUUGGAGACUACCUCCACGCCGCCAAAAGCGUGCCGGCGGAACACCCGAGCUCGACGGCAUCUGCGUUCGUCUUUCUCAUUGGUAUCGCCCUGGCUUUCAUCUUCCGAAGGACCCUCGUCACCCAAGUGCGACAGCUGAUGGAUCGACUCUCCACAAACAAGAGGGACUACCUCCCGGUUGGCAGUCAUUCCACCGACAUGCGCUCCAAGUAG